GCUCUUUCGCGACCGCCAUCUUGAAAUUCGGAGACUCUCGGCAAAUCGAGUAUCAUGCGGGCGGUCGUGCAGCGCGUAAGAUCUGCGUCAGUGACAGUUGAUAGUGAGGUUAUCUCGUCAAUCUCUCGAGGCUUAAUGGUCCUCGUAGGGAUUGGGAAAGACGACACUCCUGUCGAUGUCGAAAACGUAGCAAAGAAAAUUCUCAACCUGCGAAUUUUCGACGAUGGAUCUGGAGCGAUGUGGAAGAAGAGUGUGAAGGACAUUGAUGGCGAAGUGCUUUGUGUCUCCCAGUUCACACUGCUCGCGAACACCACGAAGGGAAACAAGCCAGACUUCCACCGUGCAAUGACCGCCGAGUCUAGCCGACAAAUGUACACCUCUUUUCUAGAGAGGAUUUCAAGCAUGUACAAACCCGAGAAGAUCAAAGAUGGACGGUUUGGCGCGAUGAUGAGCGUGAGUCUCGUCAACGAGGGCCCCGUCACCCUCACGCUGGACUCGCGAAAAUUUGACUCCAAGCGGCGAAAGAGUGCCGGAGAAUGCAACGAGAGCAGAAAGCUACAGCCACCUUUCUGAAGAAUCAGAAUCGAUAGAGUCGACAGAAUCAGAAUCGUCAGAAUUCACGGAAUCGAGCAUACCUGAGUAGUGGAUAUAAGUAGAUAACUACACGAGCCAGCUGUAAAGAAUAAUGUACAUAUAUUCACUACAAGCGAUUGCACAAUGCACUCGCCAACACCCACGAUCCCGGCCGCACACUCCGCUCCGCUCCCUGCCAGGCAUGACCGUGGGCACGCAACCUGUCCACUUCCUCCGCGAGACGUUCCUGUAGUGCGGGCGCGGUCGUCACCAUGACAAACGAGAGCUCCGUGUCGAUAUUGGCAGAGCGUGAGUUUAGGUUGGUCGAGCCGAAGAUAGUGAGGACCGGAUUUGAUAGCGGCGUCGGGCGGAGCCAAAUGCCU